AUGUUCAAACAACAUCAUUGGCUAUGUGCGGCAAAGAAAUGCCGUGACAUGUCUGAGUCCGACAUGGUUCUAAUUCUUUCUCUACCAACACGGGCAAACCGUCGCCUGUCUUCGUAUCGUUUUGCCGAGCCGAGGCAGACUCGCUCAAACUCUUAUGCAUUUCUGACCGAGAGUAGGCAGAGAUCUGUGCUACCUACCCUACCAUCGUUUGCAAGAUGUAUUGGCUGCCUUGCACCGAGGGUAAUAUUUGUACUUGUGCUUGGGGCUCUUGCCAGAGUGUCAUUCAUUGGGUUUCCGCCGAGUAAUGCCAUUUCUUCGUUGCUAUUGGGAAUUACCAAGUCCUUAUCUUGGACAUACACUGCCCAAAGCGCCUACUACACAUCCUGGAGUCUAGCAGCAAUGCUGUUGUCCUUCAGUCUACUCUCUACCCGUAAUCCAUUUAGCCUCUCGUCCGACAGCCAGGCUCUAUCACACGUACUUGCGUCUCUGCUUUCUCUUGCACAAAUAUUUGGUUUCACUCCUAAGCAAGUCAGACCAACAUGGGUAUUGAUCGUUGCCGCCGUCCUCCCUUUGGUCCCAUACUCAGCGAACAUCGUCGCAAUUCGCAACGCUCAACUGGAGGCUCAGAUCUUUAGUGAAAGUAACUCGCAUCCUGUUGAGGUUUUAUUCAACCGAUCUAAAAUCGAGUUUCAACAAAUGUUGGCCCGAAAAUCUACCACUUUUGAGAUAGCAUCCAGAAGAUAUCGAUCCAGAUAUGGUCUCGAUCCACCACCAGGGUUUGAGGGCUGGUUCCAAAUGGCACGAUCCCUUGAGUCACCCUUGAUUGAUGAUUUUGAUACAAUACAUCGAUCAAUAUCUCCGUUUAGAGCUUUCAGUGGAAAGGAACUUCAAAAGGCGGUUUAUCAAGCCCAGGCCCUACAAGGAAUGGACCUAUGGCUCUGCUGGUUUUCAAGUGCAACAUCGAAAACUGAAUGCAGCCAUCCCCGACGAAAAUUUGACCGGCACAUCUCACAAAUGUUCAAUGACAUCCUGGUCAACGCAACAGAGCUUCCCGAUGUCCAAUUUCUUGUUAACCACAUAGAUGAACCCAGAGUCCUUGACCACUUGCAUCAAGAUGGGGGUAUCAGUGUUGAUAAUUAUAGCCACAAGCCCGUCUGGGAUUUAGUGACAAAAAGCUGUGGCUCAAUGCAUGACGGGGUAAAAGAGGAGGGCGGUAUCGACACAUUUGGACUGCCAUUUGUUACGAACAUCUCUUCAGCCCAAGAUCUAUGUCAGCAUCCUGAUUAUCAAGGUCGGCAUGGCCUUACAUCGAGUCCCGUCUCCUUUCGGCCCAUCACCGGCCCCCUUCCGGUUCUUUCAACUGGUGCACUAUCUACGAUGAAGGACAUUUUGUUCCCGAGCCCUGCAUAUACGGAGACCGAGUUCAUAUAUAACGAUACAUCUGAUGUCGAAUGGGACCAGAAACGCAAUAGUCUCUAUUGGGCUGGUUCGACUACAGGAGGGUAUGCGACUGAUUCCAAUUGGCAACUGUUCCACCGACAGCGAUUUGUGGAAGUAGCACAAAACCUGCAGAAGAAGAACUACUACCUCAGGGUCAAAGAUGGCGCUGCAAAACGCGUACGAUCCUCAUUUCUGGACGGAAGGCUCUUCAAUGUCGCAUUUACACGCAUCUUCCAAUGCGAAAGACAAUCUUGCAGAGAUCAAGACGCAUCUUUUGGAACGAAAUCAUGGGUCGGCAAGGAUGAAGCGCUGAAAUCGAAACUCGCGUUCGAUAUCGACGGCAAUGGUAUCAGUGGCCGCUUUUAUAAGUUGCUUGCUUCAAGAUCAGUGCCGUUGAAGCAGACGCUUCUUCGAGAAUGGCAUGAUGAUCGCCUUGUGCCGUGGGUACACUACGUACCUGUUAGUCAGAGCAUGGAGGAGCUUCCCGAGUUGGUCUCGUUUCUGACCCUAACAGAAUAUGGUCAAAGAACUGCGAAGGAGACAGCAGUGAACGGUCGAGAGUGGUUAUUGUUGGAAAUGGCAAGGCUCCAGGAUCCAGAGCGCAUGCCGGAGAAUUAG